CGAAGAUCCAAGAGAACGUGACUUUUUAAAGACGACAUUGCACCGAAUUUAUGGAAAAUUUCUAAAUUUACGCGCAUUUAUCCGAAAAUCGAUUAACAACGUGUUCUUCCAAUUUAUAUAUGAAACAGAACGUCAUAAUGGUAUUGCAGAAUUAUUAGAAAUUCUUGGAAGUAUUAUCAAUGGUUUUGCAUUACCAUUAAAAACAGAACAUAAAACAUUCCUCACAAAGGUGUUGAUACCUUUACAUAAAGUCAAAUCAUUGACAUUGUAUCAUCCACAAUUAGCUUAUUGUGUUGUGCAAUUUCUAGAAAAAGAUCCUUCAUUGACAGAAGAAGUCAUUUGUGGCUUAUUAAGAUACUGGCCAAAGGUAAACAGUCCCAAAGAAGUAAUGUUUUUGAAUGAGAUUGAGGAAAUCUUGGAUGUUAUAGAACCACAAGAGUUUGUAAAAAUUCAAGUACCAUUAUUUCAACAAAUUGCACGAUGUGUAUCGAGCCCACAUUUUCAGGUUGCUGAAAGAGCGUUAUAUUAUUGGAACAAUGAGUACAUUGUUAAUCUGAUAGGAGAUAAUGUAAAUGUCAUUUUACCAGUAAUGUUUCCUCCUUUGUACCAAAAUUCUAAAGCUCAUUGGAAUAGAACGAUCCAUGGUUUAGUAUAUAAUGCGUUAAAGUUAUUCAUGGAAAUUAAUCCAGCACUAUUCGAUGAAUGUACGGCACAAUACAAAAAAAGCCGCCAAGAGGAAAAGAAACGAAUGAGGGAACGAGAGGAAACAUGGCAUAGGUUAGAAAGAACAGCUGCACAUAAUGCUCAAGGUCUUCCGUUGCCUUAUGCAAUUGGUGGUCCUUUAACAUCUUCAAGAACUAAUGUAGCCAGUGAGUUAGCAGACAACAAUUCUGAUGAAGAACCCGUAGAACCCAAAGGUGACGUACCAGAAGAUAACGAUGUGCACGGGGAAAUGCAACCAUUUGAAGGAGGUGGUGAAUUCAAUCAGUUUCGCCGUAAAUCCAUCAUACCUGUUGAUGAAAGUGUGUUGUCUGAACUAUCUAGGCAUCGUAGUUUGGACGACGUUCUUAACGGACCUCCUGCUCCUGACGGAAGUAACUUAAACAACUAG